ACAUAGGCUUCAAGAGGAUGUUGGUCAGCGUAUUGAACGCGUUGCAAAUGAGUUUAUUAAGCUUCAUUUCUUCACUCGCCAUUGCCGUGAACACCCUAUUCUGCUCACUACUCUAUCUCCUCGUAUUCAGGCCAUCACCGAACGUCUUCAGCAGCAGCUUGAAGCCCGACUCACACUCGGCCUACAGGCUUGCCAACAGUCUCUAAAAAAAGGGGUGUCCAACUCCGCAAUAGAGUCUGGGACCGAAUCAGGGAGCCUCAGACUGCAUGUGGCACCUUCUUCAGCUCGCCUAAUUGGCGCCCCACUCAGACAAGCACUCUCUACCUAUCUAGCCAUCGACAAAUUGCCUGCAGCCAUGAUAUUUUAUAGACAGACGGCUAUAAGGCCCAUAUUGCAG